AUGAUAUGGAAACAGAUGUUACCCAUAUCAGCUAAAGAACUGAGUGAGAGGUUCUUUAGGAAGCUUGCUAUGUCCUCAGCCCCAACUCCAUGUUGUUCGAGUCACUAUCAGAAUGUUGAUCAAGACUCUCACUGCACCGUCAUGGCCAUCCUACACUAUGACCACCCAAAACAACUUGUUUUCUGCAGAAUUGGCGACACUAAAUGGACUACGCUGGAUUCGGACGAAUGCUACGCUGAUCUCUUGUAUUUUAGCAAGAACAAACUUUUUUAUGCUUUGUGCGAUAGUGGUUCAAUAGAAUCUUGGGAUCUCACCGACCCUUCUUUUCCAAAGAGAUCACUUGCAAUUUCUACUGUGCCGCCACACUUCUCCAGUGAUAGCACUCAGUAUUUGGUGGAAUCUUCAGGGGAUCUGUUGAUGGUUAUUAGGCAUUGGGGUGAUUGCCCUAAUGACCUUGAUAACAACAUUAUGACCUGGAAAUUUGAUGUGUAUAAACGAGACUUUGUUGAAAACAAUUGGGUACAUGUGCCGAGCUUAAAUGAUCAUAUAUUAUUUAUUGGCCAAAAUCACGCUGUUUCUCUUUCAGCCCAUGAAUUCCCGGGGCUAAGAAAGAAUUCUAUUUACUUCACUCCCGAAUAUCUUGACCUUGACGAACAAUCUUGGGGAUGUUGGGAUUUAGGGGUAUUUAACUUGGAAAAUAAGAUCCUCUACCAGUUCGAUUUGAGAUUGGAAAUUCAAGCUUCUCCAAUUUGGGUUGUCCCUCAGCUUUGA